CCAUCACCAGUCAGUAACUAUCAAUUGUAGGAAAGGAGAACGUCACUUCGCCUCCCACUGCCAAAUCCGUGCCGUAGCGCCCAAAAUAAAAUUCGGUUUCUCGUCAAUCCACUAAAAGAGUGAGGUUCGAGCGAUUCCGACCAGUGGAAGAUGGGUGGAAGGGGCCGAGGUCGUGCCCGCGGGGGCGACCAAGGAUCCAAUGGCAAUGGAGCGGGCCUGGCCCAACGAAUGGGACAGAUGGGAUUGGAUGGCCAUGGAGCGACCGGAGGAGGAGGAGGAGAGCGAUCUAUGGGACGGGGUGUAACCCGUGGGGGAGCAAGAAAUUCGGCCGAAGAUAUACAAAGACGGAACGACUUCAUGGAUUUGGUCAAGACUCGCCCUGCGAGCCUGACUUCGAAAUGCGGCGUGUCCGGCACGCCCGUGGCAUUGCGGGCCAAUUACUUCAAGAUCAACAAAAGUGGAGCCGCCCGCAUGUUCUCUUAUCACGUGACUUUGAAGUCCGAAAUGGAAGAGGAGCGCUCUUUUGUUCGGAAAAUCAUCGUCAGACGCCUGGCACAAGUAUUGCCCGUCUAUCUUUUCGACGGAAUGAUGAUGUUUACCAUGGAGCGACUGUAUCCUGAGGGACAAGAUUGCCGUGUUGAAAUGUCUUGCAAUGAAAACAAAGCCACCAAUGAAUCGGUGCCAGUUGAAGUUGAGUUCAAGCUCACCGGCGAGAUCUUCCCAACGGAUCACACCUAUCUUCAUGUGUUGAAUAUCAUCAAGAAUCAAGCUAACGAUGGCCUUCAGCUCACACAAAUGGGCCGUGGUUACUACGAUCCCAAGAGCACAAUUAAGUUUCCACAAUAUAAAAUCGAAAUCUGGCCAGGAUACUCUACCUCAAUCCGUCAGCAUGAAAACGACAUCCUAAUGAACGUUGAUGUCUCCAUGAAAGUACUCCGCACAGACACGGUGUUGAAUCAAAUGGACUCGAUGAAACACGACAGGGCUGCCGGCCGCGAUGUGCUCGGAUUCAUCUCGAAAAAACUGAUUGGUGCUAUUGUUUAUGCGGCACACAAUCAAAAAACUUACAGGAUUGACGAUAUUGAUUUCAACAAGAAUGCCACAUCCACUUUUCAAAAGAAGGAUGGAAGCUCCAUCUCAUUUGUUGAUUACUACAAAACUCGUCACGGAUUGACGAUUAAUCCCAAACAACCUCUUCUGAUUAGCCAGCCAAGGGAUCGUGACAUUAGAGGAGGAAAGAACGACCUUUGCAUCUUGGUUCCUGAAUUGUGCAAGAUGACUGGUUUAAGCGACGAUCAGCGCAACAACUUUCAUCUCAUGCAGGAGAUCAGCACGUACACCCGGAUGGUGCCCGAGAAGCGUGUUCAAUCACUCAUUGAAUUCUCCAACCGCUACACAUCCACGCCCGAAGUCAAAGCAACCUUGGAGAAGUGGAGUCUGAAGAUGAAUCCGGAAUUGGUGGCCGUUAACGGACGCAUUUUGCCUCCGGAAAGGAUCUUUUUGAGUCAAAAUCCCCGCUCGAAAGUCAAGGAGACUACGUACACCUCCGACAACGCGGACUGGAGUAACGCUGCCACGCGUAAUGUGUUAUGGAACCCUGUUCCCCUCGACAACAUCCGCUUCAUUUAUCCUGGAAUCAUGUACAACAAGGUGGCCAUGUUUUUCAAGGAGAUGCAAAUGGUGGCCAAAGGCUUGGGCGUGAACCUAAUCAUGCCGGAUAGCAAUUGGCAAGAGAUUCAAGACACCCGAACCGCCAGCUAUUUGGCUGCCGCCAAAGUGGUGUCGCAAAUGAAGCCCAACUUUGUGGUGGUGGCCAUUCCCAACGACCGUUGCGACACCUAUGCCGCUAUGAAAAAGCACUUCUGCUUCACGUCCCCCGUUCCGACGCAAAUGAUUACGGAUAGCAAGGUGUUGAGCAAGGACAAGAAAUACAAAUCUGUUGCCUCGAAAGUUGUGAUCCAAAUGACCACGAAAAUGGGCGGCACACCAUGGUGUGUGAAAAUCCCCAUGACGAAAGCCAUGAUCGUUGGGUUUGACACCUACCACGACACGACCAAGGCUGGGAUGUCUGUGGGUGCAAUGGUGGCCACGUUGGACAGCAAUUUUUCAAGAAAGACUGAGAAUCAGAAUGAGUUCCCUGACAAGAUUUUCUUCUACCGUGAUGGUGUUGGCGAUGGCCAAGUUCAACAAGUUGUUGAUCAUGAAAUCCAACAGUUGGAGAACGCUAUCAAGGCUGUUCAGAAGUAUAGCCCGAAUUGGAAUCCUCAAAUCGUUUUCAUCAUCGUGUCCAAACGGAUCAAUACGAAAUUCUUCGUCUCCGGUGGCCGGAGACCCGAAAAUCCUUCGUCUGGAACGGUGGUCGAUGAUAUUGUUACCUUACCUGAAAGGCAUGACUUUUACUUGAUCUCUCAGUCUGUGCGACAGGGCACGGUCAACCCUACCUCUUACAAUAUCAUCAAGAACACCAGCACGUUGUCCUCUGACAAAAUUCAGAUGCUUACGUACAAGCUGUGCCACAUGUAUUACAAUUGGCCUGGAACUGUGCGUGUACCAGCCCCUUGCCAAUACGCCCACAAGUUGGCCUACCUGGUCGGAGAGUCUCUUCACGAUGAGCCUCACGAAAUGCUCUCCAAAACCCUCUACUACCUGUAAAUAUGGGACGUGUGCUCUGGGCCCCAAAUUACUUUUAAUCGUAUUUUCCGUCGGUUUUAAAUAUGAAACGAAGUAUUUUUACA